AUGGCCAAGCGCACUGUCAGCAAGUUGGCGGUGGGGGGAGACCAUAGCGGAAAUAGCACCGUCCCCGAUGCGUCCAUUUGUAGUUCGACUGUGGACGACGAAGAUGCGUCCCAAGAUCGCCCUGCCACUGCGCUGGCUUUGUGCGAGGAGACGACCUCGACGGAGGCAGCGGCAGAGGGGGCGCUAAGCGCACCCCUAUCGUGGCCGUUCCUGUGCCCGCUCUGCAGUGCAGUGGAGCUUGUCGAUCCAGUAGACCUACACGAGCGACCGAAGGACACAUUGUCGCCUUCCUCGUUCCAUUCCAAAACCGUCGAUGAGGCAGUACACUGCCUUGCCUGCCGCGCGUGUGUGGAGCAGUGGCUAUCAGCGGUGCGCGCUUUCAGUGAGGGCCAAGCCGAAACGAUGGACCACACCGGCGGCGCCACUAGCGCCACGACCUUUUCACCUCUGUCGGCCUCUGCGUGUGACGGCGCAACUCUCCUUGCGUGCCCAUUGUGCAAUAGGACGUGCGACGCAACGAUUUUGUCGCACUCCGGCCCGAUCGCCGGCGUUGCGCACGCCCUGGAUGCGAGCGUGGUGCGCAACAGCUACACUGGCUCUCAGCCCCUUUCCUGCAUCACGAAGACCGGUAGCGGUGUUGGGCGCCCGAGCGCACCGGCCGCGUCCGCGUCGCCCUUCUGCUCCAUCUGUGAGGAGGCAAAGGCGAUGUGCGUGUGUCUGCAGUGUGACUUCGGCAUGUGUGACACCUGCCACCGAGCCACACACGCCAAAGGUGGGUUUAGGCAGCACGAAGUGCUGAGCUGUGAGCAGGCACGCCGGCGUGGCAACCAGAGGUGCACGCAGCAUGCCGGCAUGGCACUGGACCUUUUCUGCGACACGUGCUCGACGUGUGUGUGCGUGACGUGCUGCUUCGGUGGUGCCCAUCGCGGGCACGAAGUGUUCCCGCUGGCUGACGUCGCAUCACGCGCUGCCGCUGCGUUGACUCAACACUCCACGGAGCUUGCGGCGUUGCAGCGCGACGCCGAUGCGACCAGCGUGCAAUUAGCGUCACUGUGGCCUGCGUACGAGGCCAAGGUGGAUGACGUCCGCACCGAAAUCCAGCAGUGCUUCUCCAGUCUGCGCCAAGUUUUGCAGGCGCGGGAGGACGCGUUACUGUCGCGACUCGGUGAGGUGUCGGCGGUGGUCAGUCGUCGCUCGUCGGCGCUCAGGAGUGCCAUGCACGCCAUCAGUAGCUUCCUCGGCAGCACUGGCGAGCGCCUGCGACGUCUGCCGGGGUCGGUGAGCCCUGCCACGCUGAUGCGCAUUUUGGACACGGUGCACGAGCAGCAGCAGUGGGUUUCCCGUGUUUCUACGCGUGUAAUCGAGCAGGCCACUGCCGUUGCAGAGGGCUGGAGCUAUCACAUGUGCAGUGACAGCGCAAACGGGUGCCGCAUGGCAUCCUUCGUGCUGCUCAACUCCGACACCCCGAAUGAUGAUGGCCUAAGGCAGUACAAACGUGUGCUCGCCGACCUCGGCCGCCUUGACGCAUCGGCUGAUGUGCAGCUGCCACUUGCUGUGCAAGGGAGCGCGGGCUCCGUGGGGACGGCAAAAGGGCGCGACAACAGAGAGGAGGAGAGCGCGGCGCAUCACCUCUGGGGAGGCAUGGCGGAGGACCACACGGAACCGAGGGAUGGCCUCGCGAACGGCGCACCCGUUGCACUUCGUGGUGACAGCGACGCCAUCUUUGACGCCGGGGCCAACGUCGGGGAGGGAGAGGAAACGCUGCUGGUCCGUCCAUCGCACAUUGACCCCGCCACCCCUUCGUUACCAGGGCAGACGGCAGCUUCGAAGUGCAGAGAAGUCUCCAUGGCCUAUCGCGGCAGAGACCGUGGGGGAUCCCGGCAACGCAGCAUGAGCGCUUCAACUGUGCAGUCGCAGCCCAGACAACCGCAUCUCUUCCCGAUCGGCGCAUCUACUCAAUCCACCCGUGGUCGGCUUCUGACGUACGAGCUAAAUGUGGACCCCACGUUGAAGGGCGCGGGUGCUGUGGCGGGGCCCGCCGCUGAGGCUACGACCGCUUCUGGAACGCCAAGGUUGACUGGCGUCGCCUCAAAGUGGGGUGCUGUGAAGCAGGACCUGUGGGAGGUGGGUGGCUGUGGCAGCUUUGCCGCGGAGCUUGGCGCGCUGGGGCGCCAGAAGACGGGGUGCGCCGCCGCAACACGCGAUGUGCGAGACACGAUACCGUUUCGCGUCUCCCUUCCUCCGCAGCGUGUCGAAAGUCAUGAUCGCAUGGACGACGAUGACCGCUCUGUUAGCGAGGCUGACGACCAGCUGCCGUGGCGCGCUCUAAAGCUGCACCACAACAGUAGUGUCCAGGAUGGCGUCCGGUCCACUGCGACGUCGGUGCCUCGCCACGGCUCCACGGCGCGGCUUCACUACCUUACGGAGUUGGAUCUGCGAAAGCCAAGCGAGGUCGCGCACGGAGCGCUAGACUCGAGUCUCGCUGCUCCAAAGCAGGGACGAGCGGAGUCCCAACGACGAACCACUGGCCUGCAGCUCGAGCUGUAG